UGGCGAGCCGCCGUCAUGGCCGCCGAGGAGAAAGAUCCGCUGAGCUAUUUCGCGGCUUACGGCAGCAGCAGCAGCUCGGGUUCCUCGGACGAGGAGGACCACGUGGAGCCGGAGGCGGCGAGCCGCAGGGCCCCGCAUCCGGCGCAGUCGGCGGGCGGCUGCGGGAACCAGGCGGAGAAGCGGCUGCCGGGCCCCGACGAGCUGUUCCGGAGCGUGACGCGCCCGGCCUUCCUCUACAACCCGCUCAACAAGCAGAUCGACUGGGAGCGGCACGUCGUCAAGGCGCCGGAGGAGCCUCCCAAGGAGUUCAAAGUGUGGAAGUCAAACUAUGUCCCACCUCCCGAGAUCUACGCCACCGAGAAGAAACCGCCACCCCCAGAGCUGGACAUGGCAAUUAAGUGGUCUAACAUAUAUGAGGACAAUGGUGACGAUGCCCCGCAGAAUGCCAAGAAAGCUAGGCUUCUGCCGGACGGGGAGGAGACGCUGGCGUCAGAUGAUGAAAAAGAUGAGCAUGCUUCUAAAAAACGCAAAGUAGAACCAGGAGAACCAGCAAAGAAGAAAAAGUAGGAAACAACAAAUGACGUGACUUUCUGGAGUGCUAAACUUGUUGAAUUGUUUCUUUGGACAGAUUAAGUUGAUAUUGUGGAUUAUGAUGACACAGCAUCUCUGUGAAAAUACAUGUUAAUGAACUAAAUAUUGCCUCAAGAACUUUCCACUGUAGAAUUCAUUUUUUAUUUAAAACGUAUGUGUAUUUAAAACUCAAAUGGUGACUUGUGAUUGUGAAAUUGAUAACACUUGGAAGCAUUCUUGCUAUCAUAGAAUUGGUGACAUGCUUUGAGAGUUUUGUCACAUGUUGACAUGCCAAUACUCUAUGAACCUUUUAUAAAGGAAUAUAUUUUUAAAGUAAAUAUAUUGCAAUGUACUGUGAACUUGUAGGGUGCUUUUCAACAGUGUUUGUACAGUGUAAAUAGAUCAUGGAAAUAAAAUUACUUAUUCAGUCUUACUGUUACUGCAUACCAUUGACAUUUGAAUAUUUGUCUGUGACAAGUACCCUAUUUACCAUGUGAUGUUUUAAGUUGUAAGAAUCAUUACCAUUUAAGGAGUGCCUCCUAUGUUCCAGGUGCUUUGUGCAUAUGUUAUCUCUGAUUCUCAAUGUAGUAAGGUAGAUAUUAGUAUUCUUUUAUAAUAAAGAGUGCUUGAAUAACUUGUCAGUGUUACAAGCUAGCAAAUGAUUAAUUUGAAAUUUAACCCAGGACACUUGAACUCCAAAAUUAUCAAAAUUAAACCAACUAUCAAUUAA